AUGAUAACCGUUGGCACGUUUGCGUACACAAAGCUUUUCAUACUGGUGUACAGCAUCACCGCGAAGAGUCCUGCAACGGGAAUCCACUUACGCGUGUUGCUAAACGUCAUGCGUUCCAGCUCGGUUCUGAAUGGAAUGAGCAGAGCGAGUGUAGCAGCCAUUUGUAUUAGUACAAGCGUACAUGGCAACGGGAGUGCCAUCACGGCAAGCUUAUUGCUCAGCAUCAUCCCAACGGAUGACACACAGAAUACUGAAAUCGCAUGGACAUAG